GAACAACUGUUUCUAGACGGCUGCCGAGCCGAACGAACGUCGAACUCAACAGUUCUGUGCUCUUAGUCGGCAGUUGGUUUUUAAUUUCGUUUUAUUUCGUUAUUGCAGUUUCUGAUUGUGUCGGUUACUUUUGAAUUACUUUAGUGAUAUAAGUGUUUGUUCGAUGUUGUGACUGUCAAUCGCAGUCUGUCGAGAAUAGUUAACAGUUUGUGAUUUAUAAUCGAUUAGUGUGUUUCUGAGUUACUUAUUAUGGACUAACGAUAAAAUCGUUAAAUCAUUACAACCGUCUGGGAUACAAUACAUAAUCGUUUUUGAUUUCUCAUCUGAACAGUAUUUGUUGUAAAGCUGGGGCAUAAGGACGCGAACGGCACCAAAAUGGUGGACUACUACAGGGUCCUCGAGGUGUCAAAAAGUGCAACGACGGUUGAAAUUAAAAAAGCAUACAAAAAAUUGGCAUUGAAAUGGCACCCAGACAAAAAUCCGGACAACAUGGACGAGGCCACAAAGAAAUUCAAAGAGAUUUCGGAGGCGUAUGAAGUUUUAUCUGAUGAUACGAAACGCAAACUGUAUGACUCGCGAUGCAAUAGAAGUUCGGCGACGAGAUCGGCAAGAACGCAUCACAGAAGCUAUUUCGAUCUGCACAAUCCCUUUUCGCAGCGUUAUUUCGAUAAGAAGAGGAGAGUCUAUGACCAGUACGGAAAAGACGGCUUGAUCAAUGGUGGCGCCAGAGGCAGGACGCGGCUAGACGACGAAUUCGAUUUUGGCGGUUUCAGCUUUUUCAGUUUCCGCGAUCCGGAAGAUGUUUUCAGGGAGUUUUUCGGGGGCAACGACGUAUUUGAUAUCUUGAACGACUUGCACCCGCACCGCAGCGCGGACCGUUCGCGACACCAUCACCACCGCGCGAACCGCCAUUCUCAUCCCCAAAACCAGUUGAGCAGUCACGGGCUAUUCUCGCCGUUCAGCUUGUUGGGCGGCGGCUUCAUGGACGACUUCUUUGGAGCCGGCAGUCACGGCGGUUUCAGUUCUUUCAGUACCAUCAACAGCACGUUUACAAAUGGCGCCGGUUCGCCAAGUGGAGCCAACGUGCGUCGCACCUCGACCUCCACGAGAUUCGUCAACGGCCAAAAAGUCACCACCAAGAAAGUGUUUGAAAAUGGGAAGGAGACCGUAAUGACGUACGAAAACGACGUGCUGAAAUCGAAGACUGUGAACGGAAUUCCUCAGAGCCUAACCUACAGUUAAAGAAAAGCAAACGUCGCCUACAAUUACCAGGAUACCAUUAAUUUAAUUUAGUAACUGUAGUACAUUAUUCGAAAAAUUAAAUAAAUGUGAUUCUUAUUGAUGUAAAACCGUUAAGGAAAGGCCAGUAGCCAACAAAAAAAAUCAAUGUCAAUACACUGGAGGUUAUUUUUUUUAUUAUUUUUCUUAAUCAUUUGUAUAUUACAUAUUAUUAUUAUGAUUCUGUUUUCAGAAUUCUCCGAGUAUCUUUCAACAAGAUCUGUAACAUCGUAGUUAUGUGAGAAAUUUGAGUUCCGUGUUCCAUUUUUAGGUUAGGCAACGCUACAGGAUUUGACAUUGGCGACCUCUGCAUAAGGAAAGCAUAUUUAAUUUUCGUUCAAUUUGUAAGUUUUAGUUUCGUUUAGUUUGAUUUUCCUUAUGUUCGGGUUGAAAGAAUAUCAUCUAUGCUCACGUCGAACGUCUCAAUUUAUUUUUUUAUUUACGCAAGACUGCUAAUUUUAAACAAGAGCUUAUCUAAUUUGAAGUAAGUUUAGGUCGUUCUUCGUCGGGAGAAAAUUUAAUGGGAAUAAAAAAAACUUAGUCGUAGUUAAAUAUUUUAAUAGAUUAAUGGUUAUUUUAAUUUUCUAUGCGUAUUGAAUAUCGCAAAUUAUUUUGUUCUUUAUCACGUAUUAAAUACAGUUCAAUGCACACAUAAAAGAUGAACGUGUUAAGCUUACAGUUGUGUGUGCGCUUCUUGUACAGUUUAAUUCGGUAAAAUAAAAUUUUAAAUGUG